UAGGUUUGUAUGUUGAAGGUAAUGAUGUCACCAAACUUGCUUCUAUGGCCAAAUUAAAAGUUGGUCGUCUUGUAAGAGAGCUUAGCGACAGUUGCCUUCAGUACUGGGGAGGAAUGGGCUUCACUGAUGAAGUCCUUGUAAGCAGAUUUUACAGGUGAGCAAGAUCGUAAAAAAAUAUUUUAAUCUGCAUAUUAUUCACGUAAAAUAACAAAUUAAAUUUGUAUGUUGUAAUACCUUUUUUAUUGGACUAACAGAAUUUUGGAUUAACUCCAAUACUGAUGUUUUACUGUAAAACUAAAGUUUAAUUGUUUAAAGUACCAGCUAUAGUGACCACCAACACAAAUUCAAAAGGAUGAAAAAAGACUCAUCUGGUUGCCUGUUAAAAAGGCACAAGUCCAACAUACUUGUAAAAUUGCUAACAUUAUUGUUAUUGAGUUGGGUAAGAGUAAUCACUCUUUAUCAGCCACAUUGGAGCUGCCAAAUUGGUAAAUGUAAGUCUUUUGUCACAUUAAUUAUACAAAUGAUAAAGUAGAUUAUUCGUAACCUUGUGUCAUGCUCGGAAAAUGUCACUGUCAUCCCAUUUAGCACAGUUAUUUACUAAAGUGAGACUGGUCAGGAGUUCUAAGUCAGUUUUAAGUUUAAGGCCAAAGUAGCUGAACUGGAAGUGUAGUUGAGAAUUUUUCAAGUUAGUCUAUUUUGACCUGAAAUUUGAAAUUCACUGAAUACCCAACAAUUCCCACUUUACGGAAUAUCCCUGUAAGACUCUGCUAAACUGAAAAGCACAAAUUGCAUCAAAAGGAAGUCAAUUGACUAUACAGUACACAGUGUAUAUACAGGUGAUACUCGAAAAAUUCAAAUAUUGUGCAAAAGUUCAUUUAUUUCAGCAAUGCAACGUAAAAGGGGAAACUAAUAUAUAGACGCAUUACAUGCAAACAAGAUAGUUCAAGGCUGGAGUCAGUGCAUCUAGGGCCACCACACACAGACAUAUCCUGGACAUGGGUUUCAGAUGUCGUAUUCCUCUUGUCAAGCCGCUCCUGAACUACAAACAACGUCAGAAGCGUCUUACCUGAGCUAAAGAAAAACAGACCGGGUCUGUUGCUCAGUGGUCCAAAGUCCUCUUUUCUGAUGAGAGCAACCUUUGCAUCUCAUUUGGAAACCAAGGACCCAGAGUCUGGAGGAAGAAUGGAGAGGCACACACUGCAAGAUGCUUGAAGUCCAGUGUGAAGUUUCCACAGUCUGUGUUGAUUUGGGGAGCCAUGUCAGCUGCUGGUGUUGGUCUACUGUGCUUUAUUAAGUCUAGGGUCAAUGCAGCCAUCUACCAUGUGAUUUUGGAGCACUUCAUGCUUCCUUCCGCAGACUAGCUUUAUGGGGAUGCUGACUUCAUUUUCCACCUGCCCACACUGCCAAAAGCACCAAAGCCUGGUUCAAUGACUGUGGGAUUACUGUGCUUGAUUGGCCAGCAAACUCGCCUGACCUGAACCCCAUAGGGAAUCUUUGGGGCAUUGCCAAUAGAAAGAUGAUAGACAUGAGACCGAACAAUGCAGAAGAGCUGAAGGCCACUAUUGAAGCAUCCUGGUCUUCCAUAACACCUCAGCAGUGCCACAGGCCUUUAGCUUCCAUGCCACGCCGCAUUGAGGUAGUAAUUGCUGCAAAAGGGUCCCAAACCAAGUACUGAGUCCAUAUGCAUGCUUAUACUUUUCAGAGGUCUGAUAUUGUUCUAUGUACACUCCUUGUUUUAUUGAUUGCAUAUAAUAUUCUAAUUUACUGAGAUUGUGGAUUUGGGGUUUUCAUGAGCUGUAAGCCAUAAUCAUCACACUUAUGACAAAUCACGGCUUGAACUAUCUUACUUUGCAUGUAAUGCGUCAAUCUCAUAUAUUAGUUUCCCCUUUUACGUUGCAUUACUGAAAUAAAUGAACUUUUGCACAAUAUUCAAAUUUUUCGAGUAUCACCUGUAAUUAUAUAGCAAUAAUCAAAAUGAGUAUGAACAAAGAUUAAAUAUUCUCAAAGAUAAUAAAAUCACAUAUUUAUAAAAUUCCAUAUACUUAUGAAAAGCAAACCAAACAUAACAUAUAACACAUAGUUAAAGAGAAACUACACAAUAAUCAUACAGUGCAACUAAUUAUCUGACCUCUAGAAACGUCUGUCUGAUACUAACAAGGGUAAAAUUAGAAUAUAUGUUUUUUUGUUUUGUUUUGAGUGACAGGGAUCCUUUGCAUGAGAUUUAUGCAAAAUAUUGUAGUAACUAUGGACUAGUUAUCUACCUUUGAUAUCUCUAUUAGAAGUACUUAAGAGGAGAUUUCAUAUAGAAUACACUUAGGUAAACUCCCAUAUUGUAUUGUAGAUCCACAUCUCAAGUGGCCAUUGCUAGACUGUAAGUUACUAACAGACAAUGUUACUAAAAAAUAUGUGGAUCUGAUCCACCCAAUUAUUAAAAAGUCCUUGAAUACUUUUUUUCCCAUUUUUGUAAGGACAUAUGAUAUGGAAGAUUGCAUUGACUAUGAUUGCCUUGAAGAAGAAACGUUUGCAGCUGUGUCUGUAGGUCGUUGGCUGCAAACGACAAUUGGGUCAUUUAUCAUCCUUGGCUUUCUCAGCACAAGUGUAGAAUAUGUCACAAUUAUAACACACUGAAUCAUUCGUUGUGUUGAGCGAUUUCAAAUGUUUUUGUUUGAUUUGCUCAUUGCAAACAGCUGAAAGUCUGUAAAUUUUCACAGUGAACCUGAUUUUCAAUGGGUGUUGAAUAAUUUUGAUUGCAACUGUAUAGGGUUAUUUACUGAAGUAACAAUUGUCAGGAAUUCCUAGGGAUUUUCAAAGGGAAAAAGUGGUUAGUCGGAAAAUGUCAUUAAACUUUGUUUGUGGUUGGAAAUAAUCUAACAGCUAAUUGGAUUCUCUAACGCUUAACAUUUAUGCAAUGGCUUCUGCUUUGGAUGCACACCACACACAAAUCUUGUUUGUCUAAAUUUUCUGCUAUUUUUCAGAGAAAAGCAUUUUGUCUUAUAACAUUUUGUAAAUUCCCAAGUCCGGUUAGUGCCUGGCACUGGCUUGCUGUAGAUGUCAUAUUACAUUUAUCAUUCUCUCUCCACUUGCUUGCACAAAACCUUUCCUCGUUUCCCCUAAACAUAAAACUGCAGUACAACAUGUCCAACCUGUUAGGCAUUUUUCGUAGAAUGCACGUCAGAAAUAGAUUACAAAAGCAUAAUAAAUAACAGUGGAUUUUUUAUUUAGCUCAUUCUGUUGUCAUGUUUUGCAUAAACAUUAUUUUUACUCUUGUUAGAAUUUGCUGUUGAAUUAGACUGACGCCAGAAACUUGCAACUGAUUAUCUGUUCAACUUUUCCCCUUUUUUAUCUAUAUAAAAAUAAAUUUUAUACAUUAUUUUUGCAUUUUUUUUUCUUACUGUUUUUUUUCUCUUGUAUGUGUUUCACCUUAACCCUAUUUUGGAUUUUUGCACAUACUAACAGUUUAUCUUCAAUAGUUUUUUUCAGUGUAAAUGCUGAUAUUUUUAAUGUCUUGCUUGCAUAUGUGUGCUUGGACUGAAACUCUACCCAAUUUUCUUACCCUUUCUCUUCCUUCGCCAUACUAUGCAAGUUCAGUACUUUAAACUUUGUUAUAGAAUGUGAAGAUUAUGUCUAUUCUAUUUGUGGCUGUCGAUUUAUUCAACCAAUUAACCAAAUACAUAGGCAAGUUUAUUAGACAUAUUUCCAUUAUAUGGCAUGUCGCUUUAUUGUAACGUUUGGUAACAAAGAAUUAUGUUUCUAUUUUGAAAAUGCUUGCUUUUUCACAAGGUCAUUGCAAGGCAUUUCUGUAAAUGCAAAAGCACUUAUGCAGCUGACAAUUGCCCUUUUCCUAUGCCCUUGCCAAUCUGCCCUCCAUCCCAAUUCCAUACAUUUCAAUAUUAGGAGGAAUUCUUUGGAUUUAUAGAAAAAUAUAUGUGUAACUAAAGACAAACACACCAAAGUCUAUGAAAUCAUAGUAAAAGAUUCUGAUAGUAGCCCACAGAUAUUGGUAGGUCUUUAGCCAAUUACUCAUCAGUAAUGGGAUCGUCACACUGCAGUUUCCCAUCAUCAAAUAUUCACUUUUUAUUUAUGCUUCAUUUAGUGAUGUUUAGCAUCUCAAUAAAACUUAUCAAAGCCACAAAAUAGUAUAAUAAAUAUGAACACAGUCACUUUGUUGAUAAGUUACAUUUAACCAAGUCUCCCAUCACCAGCCAAUAUCAGACCAUCAUGGCCUCAAUUUACAAUUGUUGGAUAAGCUUUUGAAAUGAUUUCAUAUUUUUAGAUACACUUUUAAAAUGAUUUAAUAUUAAGAAACAUAUUUUAAAAUUGAUAGUUUUAUAUAUGAUAUAUUUUUAUAUAUAUAUAGAUUCAUAUUUUGAAAAAGAAAAAAAGUCUGUACGUCAUUUGAAAAGCGUAUCCAAAAAUAUUAAAUCAAGGCCCAUAUUAGGAAAAUGAUGCAUGGUAAAAUUUAUUUUUAUUCCACUGCGUGAGAAUCUUGUCUUUUACAGACUUUUUGCCAAUAACAAUUAAAUUUUAUUAUAUAAUAGGAGCAUCUCUUUCCUGGUUUUCAGCCAAAUGUAGGAGUAAGACUGGAAAUUUCAAACUAUUUUCUUCCAAUAAUGAAAUGUCCUGUUUCACCUUUUGUACAGUUUUAAACCAGAAACUUUCCAUCUUCCCACUACGUUUGUCUCGCUUGCUUGCUCUGGUAAAUGCAAUAGAAAUUAAUAAGCAGGCAUAAAAACUGCAUUUAUUUUAGUUAUUGCUAAUUUAAAAAUUGUUCUUUUUUUUGGAUUUCUCAAUGUUCCAUUUAAAGCAAUGUGUGAAUUAGCACAUGGGCAUUGGUGUAAAUCCUAAUAUUUAACACUAAAACUCAGUACAUAUCUACUUGUACUUAAGGCUUAUUUUCUGUACCUGGAAGGCAACAAUCCAAUUCAAUGGCAAUUCCUUAUCGGAAAGCUUUUUCCUGAAAGUACAGUGAACUUAUGGCAUGUAUCUGGGCUAGAGCUCAGAUAGGACAUGGGACAUGGGAGGUUUCUGCAUUACUCAGUAAUGCUGACAGCACUAAUAGACAUUACAUUACAACUCUGAGUGUGCUGGUGUCACGUCUCUGUGUUCAUGAUCUCUUAAAUGUGUUAUUAAUGCUUGCCACUCUGUGUAAGCCUAUAGUUUCACUGUGGCAGGUAUAGGGUAUGGGACUGAUUGUCACAUUAUUAUUAUUAUUAUUAUUAUUAUUAUUAUGGGUAUUUAUAUAGCGCCAGCAUAUUCUGUAGCGCUUUACAAUAUUAUCAAAGGGGGAGAUUUAACAAUAACUGAGACAAUUACAAAAACUUACAGGAACAAUAGGUUGAAGAAGGCCCUGCUCAAACGAGCUUACAGUCUAAAAGAGGUGGGGCAUAAAACCCAACAGGACAGGAGGUAGCAAUCAAGCAAGGUGGAGGAGGCACUUUUUAAAUGAUUGCAGACUAGGGGAGAGCUUGAUGGUUGUAGGCAGGCUAUUCCAAAGGAAAGGAGCCACCCGCGAGAAGUCCUGCAAGCGUGAGUUGGCCAUACGGGUACGAGCAGCAGAAUGGAGAAGGUCACGGGCAGAGGGGAGAGUCCAAGAAGGAGCAUACCUAUGGAUCAGUGAAGAAAUAUAGAAGGGGCUAGAAUUGGUCAGUGCUUUAUAGGUGUGGAUUAGUACCUUGAAUUGACUCCUAUAGGAUACAUGAAGCCAGUGUAAGGAUUGACAGAGGUGUGAGAGGAGCGACAGGAGAGGAAAAUCAGUCUAGCUGCAGCAUACAUUACAGACUGUAGCGGGGCAAAACGACUUGUGGGAAAACCUAUUGGGAGAGAGUUAGAAUAAUCCAUGCAAGAGAUUACUAUAGUAGCAUCCUUAGUAGCAUCUUGCGUAAGAAAGGGGCAGAUGCGGUCUAUGUUUUUAAGGUGAAAUCUACAGGAUUUGGUAACAGACUGGUUGUGAGGCUCAAAUGUGAGACCAGAAUCAAGUAUAACACCAAGACAGCGCGCUUGCAAGGAUGGACUGAUGUGGGUAUCACUCAUUUGAAGGGAGAGUGAACAAGGAGGAUUAGUAUUAGGUGGAGGAAAGACUAGGAGUUCAGUUUUAGAGAGAUUGAGUUUCAAAAAGCGGGAGGACAUCCGGUCAAAGAUGGAAGAAAGGCAAGCAGUGACACGUUGCAGGACAGCAGGGGAGCGGUAUAUCUGAGUGUCAUCAGCGUACAGGUGGAAUCCAAAUGAGGUAAUAAGUUUGCCAAGAGAGGCAGUAUAAAGAGAAAAUAGAAGGGGACCAAGUACAGAGACAGGAUGAGGUAUCAUUAGAAAAGGAGAAACUGAAUGAGCGUUAGGAGAGAUUGGAGGAAAACAUUGAGAGGACAGUGUGACAGAGACCGGAGAAAGAGAACAUGGUCAACAGUGUCAAAGGCAGCAGAGAGGUCAAGAAAAAUUCAUAUGGAGUAGUGCCCUUUGGAUUUAGCUGUGAUUAGGUCGUUAGUGACUUUAAUAAGAGCAGUCUCAGUAGAGUGGAGGGGGCAGAAGCCAGACUAAAGAGGGUCAAGGAGAGAGUUGUAAUUAAGGAAACAAGUCAGACGGGUAAAGACCAGCUUUAUAGGGAUCGGUCCAAACGUUGGGGUAGAAGAACAGGACCCAAAAAUCAGUACUGUCCUGACAAAAUCAGUAUAGUUGGGAGGCAUGUUAAAUAGCUCGUAACGGGCUCAGUGUUGUACAGAGCACCAUAGCCAGUGAGUCUAUAGAGUCCUAGAAAAAACAUGAUUUUUUUUUUGUAUUUUCUCAUUUUUAAAACAUUAUUUUUUUAAUCUAAUCUUUUUUUAAAAUCUAUAUUUGAUUUUUUUUUUGUUCAUAUAGGUCUUUCUCCCAGCCAAUCAGUGUCUCCACAUUCAUAGAAAAGGCUUGAUAAAUGUACAUACUUUUUAAUUGAGAUGAAGUUGUUAUGGUGCCCGAAGUGUUCCCUUAAUUGUUCUACUCUUUCAGGAUUAUUGGUUGGGAGUGUUGUAGACCUCACAUUUUUUUUUUUAUCUGCUCCUAUUUAUUGCUCCCUUCACUUACAGAAGGCAUAAACACUGUUUAAUAGUUUAUGACAUGGUAAUAUAUUAUCUGAAUAGACUGUAAAGGUUUUGGUAAUAGAUCAAAGAGAAUAGAAAAAAAAUGUACAAUGUCCCUAGCAGUGAACAUUCAAGAAAAAAGAUACUUUGUGGCAAAUAAAUAAAUAAUAAUAAAUGUUAACAGCAAGCACUCAAAUUGGAUUUUAUAAAUCAUGCAUUUAUCUAAAACUGUAAUUUUUUUAUUUUUUUUUGCAGAGAUUCAAGACUACUUUCAAUAGGAGCUGGAGCGGAUGAAGUCAUGCUUGCAAUCAUAUGCAAAUAUAUGGGAACUCUUCCAAAUAAAAAAUAAAUCCCUCUAAUAAUGUUAAAGUCCAAACUGAAAAGUUAAAAGAUCAACUUUAUCAAAUUAACAAAAUUGUAUAACACAAAAAGUCAAUACAAAUUUUAUUAGAAUGCUCCAAAAUCUGAGCAUGUCAACAAAAUAAGAUGUUUAUUUUAAUUCCUAUGCCUUUAUAUUGUAAUAUUGUUUUCAUAAAAUGUCUGUGAAUUAGGCAUGACUCAUAUUUCUAGGUGGCCAAGCAACAGCGUUACAGGACAAACUACUGUUUUUGUUCAAAUUUUUGCUAGUAGUUUUAUGAUUAACCACUUUUUAAAAUUCCUAUUAAAAACCAAACCAUUAAUACAUAACUCUUAAAACUACAUGUAAUGGUAGAGACGUAUGGUACGCUAUAUCCUUUGCCAAAACAAGGCUAUAGGUACAUCUCUUGGUCAUCUUGAGUUUGGUGAUCAAUUUUUGGGCUUAGCCACCUAUAUCACAUGGUUUUACAGUCAUUUUUUGUUUGCAUCUAAUUUUGCACAAUAUUAAAAGAAAGAAAUUCUUCUACUGGACUACAGAUCUGUAACUUUUGUUAAUUAUUAAAUUAUGAUGUGUGAUUUAGAUUCAGAUUUGAAGAGAAGUUUGGACACAUGAUUCAGCAGUUAUAUUGGAUUGCUCGAAAUUCUUUUAACAUCUUCUUUCCUAAUACUAAUUGUUAGAACCAUGCAAAUUUUGGCACACAUGUCCACGGUCAUGUUUUCUAAAAAACUGUUCGUUGGGAAAAUGAGCAUACUAGAGAGUAUGUCCACAGCUAGGUCUCUAUCAUGGCAGCUUAAAGGAAGUUAAUAUUAAAACCAAGAUGGCAACCAUGAGCCAAUUACCUUCAAGAAUAUAUUUGCAUUUAUUUCAUUAACAAGCAAUAUUACAACGUGUUAAAGAUAUGAUUUCUCAAUCUCACAAAUGUCUUAGCUAAUAUGAGGAUCAGUCUUCACAAAGGCCAGUAGACAUUUACUUUUUUGUAUAUGACUUUUCUACAUGCAUUAUCUACGCACGUGCUAUUUCCAUGCUCUUAUAUUUGGCCAAUGUGGUUGUUAGCAUGAAAAUGUCACAAAUGUUUAAAUAUAUUAUUUAAAUGUCCAUAAAAUCAAAACUGCUGAAUAAAAACUUUUUAAGAUUAAAGUUGUCAUACAUUUAUAUAGGGAACUCUGCCAUCUUCAAUAGGCAGCCCAUAUCUCGAGCAUUCUGGAAGCUAACUUAAAUACUUAUGUCCACCAGAAUUGCUUUUUGCCGCUAUAUUUUUCUCGGUUUUUGGAAAUAACUUUUGUUUUGCAUCUACGGUUUCACAAGACAGAUAGUUUAAAUAAAUGUUACUGAUGCAGGUAGCUACAAAUGACAACUUUGGAAAUGCAUAAUUUGGAUUUUAACGCUGUAACUCUCUCUGUUCUAGCUAGAGAAACAUUAAAGUGGCCAUGUCCUGAAUUCACUGGACAACUGUUUGCUGUGUCUGGAGAGAAGAUGGCUUUAAACUAGCGACACAGAAAAAAAAGCUAUGUAGGUUGUAUAGAGAGGAGGUGAAACACGUGUGAAACUUAUGGGGGGUAGACAUGGGGCAACUGGUGAAAUUAGUAAAGCAAGU